CAUCUUCAACACAACUUAUAAUUCCUUCUCCUUAACUCGUGGAAGUACAUUCGUUGUGUUUUAAUUUUAAAAAUAAAUUCGAGGUGUUGGUUCAAAUUGAUAUUAUGACUGGCAAUUUUAGUAAUAUUAACUAUAAUUAUCAUUAUUUUUGUUGUAAUUACAAACAGCUUCAGUUUUAGAAAGCUUUUAUACUUUGGCACUUAAUUAAAAUUGCUGGCCAAUCAAACAUGAUAUUUCAACUUACUAUUUUGACGCUUGUAAUAAGUUACGUACAAGCCCAAACUGGAUGUGACUUUAGCACAGAUGUUCAAGUGGGGUCAUCCUACUACGUGUACAGUCCUAAUUAUCCCAACAAGUACCCGGCCGGGGUUCGGUGUCGUUGGAUUGCAACAUGUCCUACGGGAUACAACUGCCGACUCGAUUGCCAGCUUAAUAUUCCGCAGUCAACUGGAUGUACAAUGGACCGUGUACUGAUAUCAAAGAAUGGAGAUACUACCCUGAAAGGAGCAGAAUCCUACUGUGGUAGAGGUACACUUAGCGUCACUUCGUUAGGUCAAAUAAUUUGUGUUGGUUUAAUAACAGAUAACAACAGCACCGGGGGUGACUUUUUGUGUAAUUUGUAUGCUGAACGUGAUAUGAAUACAAACACAUGCAAUUGUGGAAUACAGAAUACGCGGCGCAUUGUUGGUGGCCAAGACGCCGGCCCCAAUGAGUUCCCCAUGAUGGCAGGUCUGGUGGAGUACGAAGGACAGGCCUCACUUAUUUGUGGAGGAGUUAUUAUAUCCAACCGCUAUGUACUUACUGCAGCCCAUUGUCUGCUGGGCAGGAACUAUAAUAAUUUGGCAGUUAUUGUUGGCGAACAUGAUACAAGCACUGGGGAUGAUUCUCCCGCCACAAAGGGAUACAGACUAUCAAGUAUAACGACUCACCCGAUGUUUAACAAUAAUACAUACGACUACGAUAUUGCCAUUUUGAAGACAGCACAACCGAUACAAUUUAGCCAAUAUGUGAGUCCAGCCUGUCUACCCUUCAAGUUUUCAAAUUACGAUUUUACAAAUCAGAAAGUCAUAAUUUUGGGCUGGGGCACGCUUUUCAUCGGUGGUCCUCGACCCAAUGUUCUUCAGAAAGUUGAGGUGAAUGUGAUAAGUCAGCCAUCUUGCCAACGAAGCGUUAGCACUCUUACUUCCAGACAGAUGUGUACGUUCACACCCGGGAAGGAUGCUUGUCAGUAUGAUUCAGGUGGUCCUUUGCUGUACAAGGAUCCAGAAACUGGUUCACUCUUUAGUGAAGGACUCGUCAGUUUCGGCAGAGCAUGUGCUUCAGCUGACCAACCGGGAGUCAACACACGCAUCACAGCAAUAUUAAAUUGGAUUGUAAACACUGCGCCAGCGGAUUAUUGUGUAAAAUAAUUGCAAUAUCUAAUAUGCAUUUUUUACUUUAAUAAAGUUAUCCAAAAAGCAA